AUUUCAUUGUGGCUGUUCUUCGAACUGAACAUAAGGACUCUGAUCAUCCAAUCGAUCUUAUCAAUGAUCUUCUAACUCCGCGUGACCUGAGCGCGUCUGAUCUCUUUACCAAGCAGGGAUACAUAACGCCUGUGUUUCUCGAUUGUUCGCAAGCUCAGCUCGCCUGCACCUCAUUCGAACUUCUUUACUUCCCGGAGGAACGCGUCUUUGAAUACAUUGACCAAUGCUGAUGAUGCGGAUCUGUGGUCGAGUCAGAGAGGCACGUGGCUAGGGUAUUGACGAGCGCCGACGCGGCGCCCAUACGUACAUAAACUGCAGCGAGUGUGCAUGACUCGAGUUGACACCUCUCUCCAUCUCCCAUAUCCUCUGCAAUGCCUACAGAAUGGCUGCUGGCGUUUUUACCGCUCCUAGCCUUAGCUUAUAACUUCGACGCACUCGCGACCAGCUCUUUGUUCCUACCACUGCGGCUGAUCUACUCGACGAUACAGCGGGUGUCCGAGAAUCCUCAGGCAGCGGAACUCUUCCGAUUCAUCUUUCUUGGAACCAUCGUUGAGGCGGGUAAGAAACUUGGCCAGCUGCUCAUCAGCUCUGGAUCGACGCUAUUCGUCGUCAACGCCGAGUUCCAGACGCAAGAUUUUGCGUAUGACUGGGUCGUCCACUACCUCGUCAGCCAGUGUGUCUUCAAGGAGAGCCGCUUCUUCCGAGUCGUUGCGCGUAACGCGGCAACGCGUCCCGGCACCGGGCUAGUUGAUGGGGCAGAAAUGGAAAGGAAUCAGAGCGAGAUCGACGGGCACCCCGAUGCGGUGUACGAGCCUGCCGCUGCGACGCCAAUAUUUUUUCGAUGGCAGGGGUAUUGGAUCUCAGUUAACAAAACUACACCGGGAUUCUAUCAUUACGAUGAUGGAAGGGAGAUGGGGGGUACCCUUAUCAUCAGCAUCUGGAGCUGGGACCGGAAGAUAUUAGACCAGUUUGUGAACACUGCACGUCAGUACUACAUAGACUCGAAGGUCAUUCCCCGGAAGAUUGAUGCCGAGAACGAACCGUCGCACACGCUCGUCACUGCCGUCUUUCCACAAGGCGAUGUCGCAUACGAUUGGAUGCUGGCUUAUCUCCGGUCCGAAAAUGCGCUGGUACAUGCAAAUACGUUGACUGUCAGCACCAAACAGAGUGAUCUGGGAUGGGGAACUGGCGCAGAUGACCUCGUGUGCUACCUCCCGGCAGAGGAGUCAAAGCAGCAGUUCCUGUUCGCCAGCCCGAGAACAGGUGUUCAGACGUGGUUGCAAGUUACGGUGAAACCUGGGACCACCAGCUGGAGCUCAACCCUGCCCACCGGUGGAAGCGUCACCAUCACCCUGCAUUCCUGCAACAGAGAUAUCCUGUCUGAUCUCAUACAUGCCGCGCGAGCCAAGUACCUCGAGAACGGUACCUCCAGAGUAUCGGUGCAUCUCACUGACAACCACGGUCAAUGGGCGAAAACAAUCACCAAGUCCCGCCGUGCGCUCUCCACGUUGAUUCUGCCGGGAGAGAUUAAAGAGCAGAUCAUCGCCGAUGCACGCGAGUUUCUUGAUAGCGAGGGGUGGUAUGCGGAUGCCGGGGUGCCAUACCGGCGGGGAUAUCUGCUCUACGGAGAGCCCGGAACGGGGAAGAGUUCAACGAUUCAUGCAUUGGCCGGAGAGCUGGGUCUCGAGAUAUACUUUGUCUCGCUCGCGAACCCCGGGAUCGACGAUUACACGCUGGCGAAGCUCAUUAGCGACACUCCGUCCCGAUGUAUCAUCUUGCUCGAAGACAUCGACUGUGCUUUUCCCUCGAGAGAUGACGCCGACGAUGAAGAGGAUGAUAAUCCCUCGGUCAGGAAGGACGGAAAACAGGUUCCACGUCCUCUCCCGCCCCCAAAAUCGCAGGUCACGCUUUCCGGAUUGCUGAAUGUCCUCGAUUCGGUGUCUAGCACAGAUGGUAGACUCACUGUUGCAACUACGAACCACAUCGAGAACCUAGACUCCGCACUGAUCCGAGCGGGGCGCAUGGACAUGAAGAUCCAGUACACGUUCGCCGACACACCGCAGAUCGAGCAGGUCUUUGCCCGCUUUUUCCCGCACUCGGCAGACCUUGCGCGAGCCUUCGCCGAGCAGAUUCCUCCACACAGAUUUUCCGUCGCGCAGAUCCAGGGAUACCUACUCACAAAGAAGCGCGAUGCAGAGGGCGCCGUGUUUGGGGCCGGGAAGUGGAUCGAGGAGAUCGAGGACGAGAAAAGAGCCGUGAAGGAGCUCAAGGCCAAGAGGAAGGCGGAGAGGAGAAAGAGGGAAGUGCAGGAAACAUCUGAUGUUGCCCAGACUGAAGAAUCGAGUGUGAAGACCAUUGGAGAAACGAAUACUGCAAAUACAGAGUAGUGCUUGUCUUCAUAACAAAAUUUCCCUGCUCCAAUUCAAACAUUUAACUCCAUGGUCAGGUCAAAUUGAAGCACAGAAACCCUGAAAUUCCUGGGCCGAAUCAAAUCACAACGCUAAGCAAUGUAACAACUGCAUACAAGGAUGAACAAAGCGCCUGACCUGCAUCGACUUCAUAUUCUUUAAAAUCAAUUCCUAGUCGCCUCCAUCUACAUUUGAUCCUUGGGAGGCCCCCUCAAUGACCAAUAUCAUGCUGAAAUGAUAUGUCUUGCUAUUGCUCAAGUCUGAGAUCAUCGAUUAUCUGAUUCCUCUUUGGAUGCGCUGGAGAUAUGAUUUCAUGUUCCAGAUGUUUGAUUGAAAUGGCAGAGACGGACGCGAGUUCAGAUCAAUAUUUGUCGUUUGAGCGAUCGUCAAGGACGACACCAGACCUCACCCAUCAGAUGACAGUAAUACUGGUGUAUCUUCCCUCUUCUUUAUCACAGGAGACUUUUCAAGUGGAAAAUCUGGAUUUUUCCCUAUUCUAGACCGACGGCGCAGGGAAAUGACGAAUGAAAGGGUCUAGGCAAGAGUCGGGCGAUCAUCCACGCGCCGAGGAAAAAUUCGUGAUAUUGCUCGCCCCGGUUCAUGUCCAAUGACUUUUUUGACAGCACAGCGCUUCGGAGACUGAGCAACGAGAGUCCCGCAACAGUUCUCCGCCUGACGCAUGUUCAGGGGUCUCCAAUUAGACAGAUCACUGAUGUCAUCGGGACUGCGUCACUGAUUGACCAAUGACGUGAGGAUCUUUUUACCACGAUGACAAUCUUCCUGCUUGACGAUGUGACGACUAGGCUCUCUGCUUCCAUUCUCUAGUCAAACACGAUGAAACCAGCGGCAGGAUAUCAGAGAUGAUCAAUCCGUCGGUCUUUGCGGGAACUCUAUGGAUGGUCCGCUCUCUUGUUUCGGAUUUUGGGUCGGAGACCAAGGAGACUGGUGCAUGAGCUAGAAGAGGAAAGUCUGAAGCCCCGCGCAAGGCUUUCUUAUAGCCCAGUCUUGAAAAGAGUCAGGAUGAUCAACCCUCUGACAAUGUAGCGUCCCGAAGCCAAGUCGUUGACACCCGGGCUCAGAUUUCAAACCGCGACAGCUCAGACAGGGAUGAAUACCACCAUGGUUUCUAUCAUUCAAUUCUCGUCACGGGCCUGCCCACUUCCAGCUCCCCUGUAUUUCCUUUCUCCACUCAACGCGGCCAGCGGACGGUCUGCUGCUGCUGCGCGUACAAUCCACACCUAUGCGGAAACCACACUCGUUCUCUCCCACCUUCUGGCUCCCCCUCUUCGUCGUGCUCAUCUCCCCGAAUGCAUUCGCAGCUGUGAAAUACUCGACGUUCGAUGACACCGACUCUAGCUUCACGUUCACGGGGAAUUGGAAUGCUAUAAGCCCCUCGAAUCCGUGCAACGGUUGCGCGUCCAAGCCAGACACGACUCAGAUCUUCGACGGGACUUGGCACGAUGGCAACACGCUCGGAACCGGCGGUAGCUUCACAUUCACUGGCUCGGCUGUGUGGAUCUUCGGCAUCGACCAAGUCGGCGCGCAACCCAAUAUCGACUUCACUCUCCCAACCUCGACGGGAACAAUCUCUACGACGCACCACUACACUGGCAACGCGCGGUUCGCGUACAACGCGACGUUCUUCAGCGCCUCGGGACUCGAUCAAAGCACCAGUCACACCGUUAGCUGGAUAUUCAAUGUCAAUCCGCAAUCUCAGUCCUUCGGCGGCCCGGAGGCACUCUUUGACUACGCUAUCGUGCAGAACGGUGUCGCUGAUGCUUCCAAUCCGGGGACUGGAAGUUCCGCUACUACUGGCGGAUCGCCAAGUGACUCGGGGUCCAGUGGCGCCGGCACAACGACGACGACAGUGACGAGCAGCCCCACAGUCAACCCUGAUACCAAUAACAGUCCAAACUCGUCCCCUAAUUCUAGCAUAGCCAACUCUGCACCCAGUGCCAGCCAGACAAAAGUCGCCCCUGCUUCUGCUAUCCAGUCCGUGGCAGGUUCGGCUGCAGCAUCCAAACCUUCUGUGACAAACUCGAUGUCCACAUCCCUGAGCGAGACCUCAAGCUCGUCUAUUGAUCCUCCAUCAUCGUCCAACCGAGCUCAUUCUACCACCCUCACAAGCAGCGAGAGUGCAGUGACAAGUUCAAAGCAGACCAGCAAUUCUGCACCUAGUCAACUCUCCGCUCGCUCAAAGCCCAAUCUCGCAAUGAUCUUAGGUGGGGUGUUGGGUGGGGUUACUUUCGGUGGACUGGUCAUGCUUGUAUUGCUCUCGCGACGGCGCAGAAGGAUGAUAAAGGACGGAAAGACGGCUGCGGCACCGUACGCUUUCGAGCAAGGGAACAAUCGUCUCUCAUCUGCAGAAGGACCAGCACCCUUGGGCGAGAAGUCAGCGCGGCUCCUCCGGAAUCUUGGAUCGAGCAGCCAUGGUCCCAAUAGUGCAGCACUGCUCCCUGAUUCUGCGCCACACUCCGGAGACAACGGAUCUGCACGUACGGCGACCACGGCGGAGCCAAGUGUGUAUUCGACUGCUUCAGCGUCAACGGCGACGCGAGAACGUGUUCUGGAGGACCGAGUUGCCGAGUUGGAGGCUCGCAUAAU